GCGCUGUGUAUUAUCUACAUUCUGAAGUUGACGCAGUCUCGGAGCGUGCGCGUGCGCAAUUCGAUUGCGCUACAUUUCGAUUUUUACUUCUGGGACAUUGAAUGUACGAAAUUGUUGUAUAUUCGGGCGUUUUGUGAUAAUGUGAAUAACCUUUUUAUAUUAUCAGACUUCAAGCAUUUUUGUAUUCCAGAUAAUAUUCCAUUGAAAAUGGCGGCAGAAAUCCUAUAUAACAACGCGACGAUAAGAAAGGACUUUUCAGAUGUGUUGAUGGGACAUCUGAAGGGUGUCGGUCGAAUGUUUUAUUUGCAUUCACCAGAGGAGACCUUGUACGAGAAACCUGAAGAUGUGCCAAAUUUCUUUAGACAGUCUUUCCCGUAUUUCAUAAUAUUUAUGAUUAUAGAACACAUUGUACUAAGAUUCGAAGGAAAAAAUGGUAUACGACUCAAUGAUGGUGUCACAAGUAUAUCACAUGGAAUAUUUCAAGAAUGUGGCAGAUUAAUAUGGCGGGGAGCUGAGUCCUAUUUAUACACUUGGAUAUACACGAACUAUAGAUUAGUAGACCUCCCCUGGGAUAACACAUUAACCUGGUACGCUGCCGCACUGGGAGUCGAUUUCUGCUAUUAUUGGAUGCAUAGAGCUUGCCAUGAGGUGCACAUACUGUGGGCGCAGCAUCAAGUACAUCAUACGUCCGAAGACUUCAAUAUGGGCGUGGGAAUAAGGCAAUCGAUACUACAAGGCUGGUGCGGAUUCGCGUUCUACCUACCGUUGGCUCUAGCAAUACCUCCAGCUCAAUUCGUUGUUCAUCACCAAUUCAGUUACCUAUACAUGUUUUGGAUUCACACUGAGGCAAUUAAGAGCCUUGGUCCCUUGGAGUAUGUUCUCAACACUCCCAGUCACCAUAGAGUACAUCACGGGAGCAACAAAUAUUGUUUAGAUGUCAACUAUGGUGGCGUUCUCAUCAUAUGGGAUAGAAUUUUCGGCACAUUCAGACCGGAGACAGACAAAGUAGAAAUCGUGUACGGUUUAAUAUACAACCAGCCAUCAUUCAACCCAUUUUACUUGCAAAUUUUCUACACUGGCUAUGUGAUCGAAAAAUUCCGAAGCUUCACCAAUUGGGAACAUAAGAUUAAAGCCAUCGUUUGGGGUCCAAGCUGGCAACCCGGUACCGCUAGACUCGGAGAUGAUGACAUGAAAGAAGAUGUUGAAGUGAGAGACAAAUAUGACGUCCAUUUACCGGCGUGGUGCAACCUCUAUAUUGUUACACACUACGCAGUCGUUCUGUACGGUUUCUUCGAACUCGCUUCGAGAUAUAUGGGUAUGACGCCGAUCUCAGUACUAAUCUUCGUGGUAUACAUAAUGGCUUCUCUAACUAUUAUUGGAAUGUUAUUCGACAAUUCCAAGUAUGCACCUUUGCUGGAGGUACUACGCUGCUCAGCCUUGGCCUUCCUAACUCGUAGCAUCUCAUCACCCAGCCCAAUUACAACGCUCCUACAAAUAUUUUACGUCGUGUCUGCGAUGUUCUGGUGCCUAAAUACGAUGAAGCUUCUAGAAAUCAAAAGAACAAAACUGGAGUGAAGGGCUGUUGUAUUUAAAAAUUUCUAUAAAAUUAGGCGAAUCCGAUUCCCGAAGACUGAAAUUAUGAUCAUGUAGUGGAGUGGCUUUUACCGUUAUAAUUGUUAUUUCUUAUAUUCCUUGUGCCAAAUACAUUAUGUUAUACAUUGUAAUAUUAUUGAUAAUUAUUUUAAUAUACCUAGACAUAAUUUUACCUACGAGAUUAUUGUAAAUAUCUUAAAUCUAAUAUAUCUAUUCUUGAAACACUAUUGAGUAAUUUUGCUUGUGAUUUUUUCCAUGUUCUGGUUUGUAAUUUUGUAAAUCUUGGCUGAGAAUUUUAAGAUGAACCUGUAUAAUAUAAGGAUGCUAUGAUAAUAUGCUGCUUUUGAGUUUAGAGUUGUUUCCACAUAUAUUUGUUUUGCUGGUUUGCAUUGAAUAUUUUUUUAAAGAAAUGUAGAAUGAACUAGUUAUUAAGAAUGUAAAACGGAUUAUAUUUACUGCCAAAUAUAUAUAGUAGUUAAUCGAUAAUGAUUUAGUAGCUCAAAUAAAGCAAGUUUGUUACA